AUGCCUCGACCGAAGAAGGAAGCAGGCGCAGAGCCCAAAAAGCGAAGUCGCACUGGUUGUUGGCCCUGCAAGGCGCGGAAGGUCAAGUGUGGGGAAGAGAAGCCAAAUUGUGCAAACUGCUCGAAGUCGGGCGAGACGUGCGAUUAMAGCAUUCGGUUGAACUGGGGAGGACGAACCAAAAGGGACAAAGAUGGAAAAGGAGAGGGAGGCUUCUCGUUCGUCUCGGCACCAAGUGCGGCGAGCUACUCCAAGGAGAAUGGCUCGGGACACGAGCACAUAUUCUCUGCUCAGCACAUUGCCACAGUCUCAGAGCGACCCACCAGCAGCAGUUGCAGAUCGAAUGCGUCCACGCCGCAGGCCACGCCCAGCUCCAAUACCGCCAUGAUCGACCCACGUCUGCAGGUGAUUGGGUAUGAGGCAUACUCACCUCCCGAUCCAAAUGCGGCAGUUCCCUUGGUACCAGCCAAUCCCCAUCAUCAUGCGAGUGCAGCUUCUCGACUAGGAGCAGCGUCCACAACCUCUAAUCCUACGGAAGAAUUCCGCUGGUCGCCACAGCAUCGUGCAAAACGUGUCAGGCUCAGUAGUCCCCGUGCCUUCCACGUCGACCCAGCUCUGGCGUCUUCGCAGUUUUCCAUCCCCCCGGUCCAGUCUCCAGAUUCGAGCCAUGUCACCGCUCACAGCAUCAGUAGCAUUGUAAACACUCCGGCGACCCCAGAUUCCAGCACAGCCUACGAAUCUCCUUUUUCGGCACAGUCCACGGCGUUGGCAGUGCCGGAAGCACCAGAUCUUCGAAGACUGUCGGUGAAGUCUCUGCUCUCCGACUCAACCGAGGAGACGCCGCGGGUACGGAGUACUCGUUCUGAUAAUCAGGGCUACCGCACAUAUGGAUACGAUCAUGGAUUCCCGGACCUCGAUGUACCUCACAACGACGACCACAGCGUAGUACUGCCAAGAUCUCCCGACCUGCGGCGCGCCAGUGCAGCUCCGUCUGAGGUCAGUGGGCACAGUGGCGAGAUUGAUGCCAGGCAGAUUGCUUUCGAGCCUGGUGGAUACUACGCACAGCCAGUCGCCGUACGACUCCCCACUUCGCUCGAGCCACUGCCUCCAGAGCUCGCGGGCAACCAGAUGAACUUGCUCUACUUUCACCAUUUCAUCCAUCACACUGGCCGAAUCUUGGUCCCUCACGACUGCCCAGAAAAUCCAUUCCGCACAGUACUACCUCUGAUGGCCGUACAAAAUGUCAAUCUGCUCCAUCUUUUGCUGGCCUUUUCAGCCUCUCAUAGAGCGAGACUGUUGGACCACCCGGAGCCAGCUAAUCGGAUUGCGGGAUGGAUGACCGACGUCCUGCCUGCCUUGCGUCAAGCUUUGGACGACCCUUCAUUCCCGAGCAUGCCUGAACCGAAUGAUCCGGCAUCUCUGGCUCCUCUCACGACUGCGGUCAUGCUCGCAUCUCUCGAGAUCAUCACUCCUCACACCUUUUCCAUCCGGAUCCCGUGGCAGCAGCAUGUCAACGUCGCGCGGGAAUUGAUCGUAGCCAAGGGAGGCCUGCACCACCUCUCUCAGGACGCUGACGGCGUCCGCGACAAGACCAUAUUCUUCCUCUCCCGCUGGUUUGCAUAUCUUGACGUGAUGGGUAGCCUGUCCAAUCGACAUGAACAGCCGCUCUUCGGAGCAUAUUUGGAAGAUGGCGGAGGGCUAUGGCUAGUCAAUCGCGACAACGAGGAGAUCUACCAAAUUGACUGCUUCUUCGGCUUUUCGGGGCGAUGCAUCGCUCUACUGGCGCAAGUUGCUGAGCUCGCCGCAUCCUGCGAUCUCCAGCGGAUCGAUGCUGUCAUAAAUGAGAUCAGACCAGACUGGAUGCCGAGUGAGGAGAUCCAAACUCAGGCGGAGGAACUGCGCAAGCGUAUCGAAGCCAGCGCAAGCACCGUUUUCCGGGGUUGCACACAUUCUCACGCAAACCCGAAUGCGCAGGAGCCGGGCGGUCACAGGGACGAGCAGGACAUUGAGGAGAUCUAUGCCACAAACGAGGCAUAUCACUGGGCCGGCCUGAUACAUCUGAGCAGACGUGUGCUCGCGCUGCCAUCGAGUCAUGAACAGGUACAGAAGUCGGUUGAGAGGGUGAUCCAGUCCUUGGCGAAAGUGAGGCGAGGGAGUCCUGCCGAAGGAUGCUUGCUAUUUCCCAUGUUCUCCGCAGGAUGCGAAGCGCAGACCGAUGAGCAGCGGAAAGUCUUUAUGGAUCGUCUGUCUGCCGUCGAAGGAUGGGGUAUGUCGCAUGUAGGCCGCGCUCGUUCGUUGAUGCAGACGGUGUGGGACACGGGGAAACCGUGGGAGCUGCUUGUCAAUGGUGAGUUCUUUGGUUGA